CGGGCGGUGCCGCGGCGCCGCGGGGCCCCCAUGGCGGCGGCAGCGGAGCGCACGGACGAGCUGGUGCGGGAGUAUCUGCUCUUCCGCGGCUUCACCGCCGCCCUGAAGCAGCUGGACGCCGAAAUCAAGGCGGACCGGGAGAAGGGUUUCCGGGUGGAUAAGAUAGUGGAGCAGCUGCAGCAGUUUGUUCAGAGCUACGAUCUGGCUGCCCUGCGGGAUUACUGGAGCUAUCUGGACCGACGCCUGUUCAGCCGUUUGGAAGACGUGUACCGGCCAACGGUGAACAAGCUGAAAACCAGCUUAUUCCGGUACUACCUGGUCCAUGCUAUUCAGAAUGGCCGCAAUGACAAGGCACAGGAGUUUUUCCUCAAGCAGGCCUCCGAGCUCCAGAACCAGGCAGAGUGGAAGGAUUGGUUUGUCCUGCCCUUCCUCCCUGCUCCAGACUCCAACCCCACCUUUGCUACCUAUUUCUCACGCCAGUGGGCAGAUACAUUCAUCGUGUCUCUGCACAACUUCCUGAGCGUCUUAUUUCAGUGCAUGCCAGUUCCAGUCAUACUGAACUUUGAAGCUGAAUGUCUCAGGACCAGUCUCAUACAAGAAGAAAAUGAAUCGUUGCGGCAUAAGCUGUUUGCUCUGCAGGCUGAAUCCUCCCGCAUGAAGAAAGAGGAAUUGGAGGUGGAACAAGCAGUAAUGCAUCACAAGCUGCCUGCAUAUGUGGCCAACAUGGAUCGACUAGGGGACUCUGAGCUUGAUAUGACCUGCAAUCAGAGGAGUACAGCACAUUCUCUUCAGUCCCGCGGAGGCUUUCUGUCCUCCUUUCUCUCCCAAAGUAAAAAGGGCCCUUCCAGACCAACCCAUUCAAGUGGGGCUUCUCCAGUGCAGACUAGCAGUAUGCUGCUAGUGAAGAAAGAACCAACAAAUCACCAGGGUGCCAAAGGAAAAGAAGGAACCGUGAGCUCUAAGGAUGGGAAGAGCCACUUCAGUGGUUUAGUGGCAGGCGAGUCCAGCUCCCUGCAGCAGCGGCAGAAGCGCUUGCAAGAGCAUGGGAAAGAAAGGAAGGAACUGUUGUCAAAAGGGACCUUCCAGGGCCAAAGUGCUGAGAAGAAAACAGAUACUAACACAGCUGAGGCAGAACCAUGCUCAGAGCUGCACGCUGAGCAAACAGAGACUUCAACCAAAAUGCCUGGCAGCAGUGCAGAGGCUGUGGGGGUUCGGCAGGAGCAGCCUUUCAUCGUCCUGAGCCAGGAGGAGUAUGGGGAGCACCAUUCAUCCAUCAUGUACUGCAGGGUUGAUUGUUCUGGACGGAGGGUGGCCAGCUUGGAUGUGGAUGGGGUUAUCAAAGUCUGGUCUUUUAACCCCAUAAUGCAAACGAAAGCUUCGUCCAUUUCCAAAUCUCCGUUGCUGUCCCUGGAAUGGGCCACCAAGCGUGAUCGGCUGCUAUUGCUUGGCAGUGGGGUCGGGACAGUUCGUCUUUAUGACACAGAAGCAAAGAAGAAUCUCUGUGAAAUCAGCAUUGAUGAGGACAUGCCCAGGAUCCUCUCGCUUGCCUGCAGCCCAAGUGGUGCCUCCUUCGUGUGCUCUGCAGCAGCCCAGAGCCCUGUCUCCCACAUUGACUUCUCAGUAAUCAACUCUGGGGGCAAAAGCAUGAACCAAGUUCCUGGGAAGCUGCUGCUGUGGGACACUAAGACGAUGAAACAGCAGCUGCAGUUCUCCCUGGAGCCUGAGCCCAUUGCUAUUAACUGCACAGCCUUCAACCACAAUGGCAACCUUCUGGUCACCGGGGCUGCAGAUGGGAUUGUUCGUCUCUUUGAUAUGCAGCAGCACGAGUGCGCCAUGAGCUGGAAGGCACAUGAUGGGGAAGUCUACUCCGUGGAGUUCAGCUAUGAUGAGAACACAGUCUACAGCAUAGGCGAGGAUGGCAAGUUUAUUCAGUGGAAUAUCCAUAAAAGUGGCUUGAAGGUGUCUGAGUAUGACCUUCCCAGGGAGGCUACAGGUCCUUUUAUUCUGUCUGGAUACAGUGGCUACAAGCAAGUCCAGUUCCCACGAGGACGGCUUUUUGCUUUUGACUCUGAGGGCAAUUACAUGUUGACAUGUUCUUCUACUGGGGGAGUAAUUUUUAAGUUAAAUGGUGAGGAAAAGGUUCUGGAGAGCUGCCUUUCCCUAGGAGGACACCGAGCUCCUGUUGUCACAGUGGAUUGGAGCACAGCCAUGGACUGCGGGACCUGCCUCACUGCUUCUAUGGAUGGCAAAAUUAAAUUAACAACCUUACUGGCUCAAAAGUCUUAACCUGGACAGUACUGAAGGGGGAAAGAGCAAUAGAGCUGACAAAACCAGUGUUAACUCACAGGAACAAACUGCAUGGGAGAGAAGGCAAAGCAAAGUCCCUCUUCUCAUUGUAGCUUUUGCCUCUUGAUAAAUACAUUUGCCAAACCACUGUGCAACAGAAUGCCAGUAUGGGACUGGAUCAGUGGCAGCACUGAAAAAUAAGUCUCCACUAAUCCAUUGUGGCAGCUGGACUUCCCUCUGUUAGGGAGUCUUGAGUAGCACGUGGCUAAAAGGCUGUGGUCACGUCAGGGUUCUGCAGAAGGUGAGGCUGGAGGAAGCAAGCAUGAGGCAGCACAGUGCAUGACAAUAAGAUGACUCAAACUGGAAGGGCUGAUGAGAAACCAGAGUAUUCUUUGGGUAUAACAUUUGUUGUUACAAUUUUGUUAGUUUGUUUUUAUUUGUUUUUUUUUUUUUCCUGUAAAAAGAAAAUAUUCCCUUGCA